AUGCAGGUGAAUAUCAGUGAGACCAGUUUCCUUUUCCUUGGCUUGACACAGGAUCCCGGGAGGAGGAACAUAGUCAUUGCCAUUUUCCUGUUCUUUUAUACAGGGACAUUAGUGGGUAACUUGCUGAUCUUCGCUACCAUCAAGACAAGCCAGGCUCUUGGGAGUCCCAUGUAUUUCUUCCUGUCCUACUUGUCCUUGUCUGACACCUGCUUUUCUACAAUUUUAGCUCCUAGAAAAAUUGUGGAUUUCCUGAUGAAGGAGGCUGCUGUCUCAUUCAGUGAGUGCAUAAUCCAAGUCUUUACAUUUCAUUUAUUCUGCUCCCUGGAGAUCUUCAUCCUCAUCCUCAUGGUUGUUGAUUGCUAUGCGGCAAUUUGUAAGCCUUUUCACUACAUGACUAUCAUGAAUCGUCGGGUCUGUGGGAUGCUGGUGGCUACAGUCUGUGUAGGAUCCUUUAUGCAUUCUUUAUUUAUGAUAUUUCUAGCCUUAACUUUACCCUUCUGUGGUCCCUAUGUGACUGAUCACUAUUUCUGUAACUUGCAGCCACUGUUGAAACUUGCCUGUGCAGACACAUAUGUGAUCAACCUUCUCCUGGUGGUCAAUAGUGGGACCCUUUGCACAGUGAGUUUCCUCAUGCUCAUGAUCUCCUAUGUCAUCAUUCUGUAUUCCUUGAGAAACCACAGUGCUGAAGCAUGGAAAAAAGCCCAUUCCCUUGUGUCUUGUGUCUCCCACAUCAUAGUAGUAGUCUUGUUUUUUGUACCUUGCAUAUUUAUAUAUACACGUCCUGCAACCACCUUCCCUAUGGACAAGAUGAUAUCAAUGAUAUUGGUGUUUUAUACAAUCUUUACACCCUUUCUCAACCCUCUGAUUUACACACUGAAGAAUGCAGAAGUGAAAAUGAAAAAUGCCAUGAGGAAGCUGUGGAGCAAAAUAGUCUCAGGCGAUAUAUAG